AUGUCCAAGCGUAACCGCACUGUUCCUUCUCACCGGUUGAGAGCCCCCAGCAACCCGUGUGCUCUGCCUCCAUUUCUGGUAGGCCUAACUGAGACCCCUGUCAGCUCAUCGUCACCCGGGCUUUCGUCUACCCUGCAGCCUUCUUUGGGUUAUGAGCCUAUCCACCCUAGCUCCAUGGGGGCGUUGUUGGCGCCCGAAGCCUAUUUAUCAGACCAACGGGCCUCACCCGUCAGCGACGCCAUGGAUUCUAUUUACACUUGGUCCAGUGCGUCUGAAGCAGAGAUGCUUCGACCACCGGCUUCAGUAGACCCUGUCUACUUCGACUUCGACUCCCAACGGUCAAUAGGUCAGCCCAUCCCACCUAUGGGCUUAACCCCUCAGGAUAUCAAUCAGUGGUGCAUCAAUAGCCAUUCAACAGGCUUCCAGACAACUUCCUACCCGGCCAACAGCUCAUCUUACCUGCCAGCCGAGCCUGCAGAAAUGUCCCAGCAAGACUACUCUCUCAACGAGACUAUGACUACCUCUGCACAUGCCCAAUGGCUCAUCCCAACCGACAACUACCUCUCCCCAGUCCCCGCUGUCUCGGUCUCAACUUUCGACACAAACUCAGUAAUGAGUACCUCCCCGACCCCAACUACCAUCUCCGACCUCGAUAUCCUCGUUCCAAACCUCUACAACUCGCCACCCAGCCCAAACGAUCUAACCAGAUACGGUAUUCCAACCGGUGACGGAGCCUGGCGCUGCUCUUACCCAGGCUGCACGUCUCAGGCUUCGUUUCGACGGGGCUGUGAUCUGCGUAAGCACUUCAACCGUCAUCGAAAGCACCUCUUCUGUCGACACGAGGGAUGUCCACAAUCCAGACAUGGUGGGUUCUCUAGUAAGAAAGAUCGCGCACGGCAUGAAGCGAAACACAACCCCGGUAUUGUCUGUGAGUGGGAAGGAUGCGGACGUGUGUUUAGUCGGGUUGAUAAUAUGCGGGAUCAUCUACGGAGGAUUCACCGUCGUGGGGCUAGUAGAUGA